GUGAAGACCCUAAAAUAAUAAAGUUUAUGUAAAGAGAACAUUUUUAAUUAUAAAUACCAAAACUUUUUACUUUUCGAAAGCUUUUUUCCCUCAAAUAAGGGCAGUUAUCCAACACGGUGUAAGGUCUUUGUUGUCCAUCAUUGUCGACGCUACCUAAAACUACUCCGUGAAAGUUAUUUACACUGACUGUUGUUAGUAUCAACUGUACAUUCAAAUUGUAGCUCCCUGUGAAAGCAUUUUACAUGAAGUUUAGGGCUUAUAUUACUCUGCCACAGCUACUGGGUCACACUAAGAUGAGUUUUAUAAUGUCGGGACACUGUGGUAGGUAAGUAUACGCCUGUUUUAACCUCUGAACAGGCAGGAGGGUAACUGUUAGCAUCAAAACAGUUAUGGCCAAACAUGCGGUGCUUUCAUCUGGGGCAAAGAUGUGGAGAUCUCUGGCCUGUGCAAAGUCAGAGCUGCUUCUGGAUCUCACUCUUGCCUGUGGACAAUCUUUCCGCUGGAGAGAAACUGCAGAGGGCCACUGGACCGGAGUGAUGGGAGGACGAGUUUGGACUCUGACUCAGACAGAUGACACCCUUUGGUACCAUGUUUACAGAAGCCAAAGCAUGCCAGAAGAUGGAAGUGACAGGAAGAGGAGAGCUGGUGUUUCUCUCCAGAUGGAAAACAAGUCAGAGAAGAGAUUCAAAGGAGUUUUGAAGAAGGAGGAGGAGGCGGUGGCUGUGACUUCAGUGCAGGACACUGAAGAGGAAGAGGAGAUGCUGAGAGAUUACUUCCAGCUGAAUGUGAAGCUGGGGGAUCUGUACAAAGAAUGGGGAGCAGCAGACCCCCACUUCAAGCGCAUUGCAGACAUCUUCACAGGUGUGCGAAUGCUGCGCCAGGACCCCACUGAAUGUCUGUUUUCCUUCAUUUGCACCUCCAACAACCACAUCUCUCGUAUCCAGGGCAUGGUGGAGAGGCUGUGUCAGGCUCUGGGUGCCCCGCUGUGCCAACUGGAUGAAGCCUCUUAUUACAACUUUCCUUCCCUGUCUGCACUUGCAGACAACAGCGUGGAGGCACGUCUCAGGGAUCUCGGUUUUGGAUACAGGGCUCGGUUCCUUCAGCAGAGCGCGAAGCAGAUUUUGGACACCCAUGGGCUCCAGUGGCUUGAUGGUCUACGCAGUGUCCCGUAUCUGCUGGCCCGUGAUGCUCUGCGUACUCUGCCCGGUGUGGGCACCAAGGUGGCAGACUGUGUAUGUCUGAUGUCCCUCGAUAAGGCAGAGGCCGUGCCCAUAGACACACACGUGUGGCAGAUUGCUAAACGUGACUACAACUACGGCUCUGGCAACGGACAAAAGAGCAUCACAGAUAAACUGCACAGAGAUCUUGGGGAUUUUUUCAGAAAACUGUGGGGACCUUAUGCUGGUUGGGCACAGUCGGUGUUGUUCUGUGCCGACCUCAAGAAGUUCCAAAAGCUGAAAGAAAUGCCACAUCUGAAGGAGCCAAAGAAAGAGGAGGAUGGUGAAGAAGAAAUAAGGCCAGUGAGCAAGAAAGCAAAAAUUAAGAAGGAAGAAAAUGGAACUGUGAAGAACACGAAAACUAAAUCAGCACGUCACAAGAACGCAAAGACGUCAUGA